AUGACCGAUGCUUGGUCCGAUAGACAAAGAAGAAGCAUCAUGAAUUUAUGUGUAAAUUCAAAGUUAGGUACUGUUUUCUUGUCUUCUAAAGAAUGUUCUAAUGAGGCACACACAAGUGAAAACAUAUUUGAGUAUGUGGAUAAAUGCAUUGAAGAAGUUGGUCCGGAAAAUGUCGUUCAAGUUGUGACCGAUAAUGCAUCUAACAAUAUGGGUGCCUCAAAAUUAUUGAAGGAGAAAAGACCAACAAUCUUUUGGAUAUCGUGUGCGACACAUACCAUUAAUCUCAUGCUUGAAGCUAUUGGUGGAUUAACAAGGUAUAAGAAAAUUAUUGAUCAAGCAAAAAAGCUAACGGUGUUUAUCUACUCUCACCACAAAUCAUUGGCUUUGAUGAGAAAAUAUACAAAGAAAAGAAAUAUUAUAAGACCGGGAGUUACAAGAUUUGCUUCCGCAUUCCUUACUUUGCAAAGUUUGUCGGAAAAAAGGGUUCAACUUAGGCAUAUGUUUACUAGCAAAGAAUGGGAAGAUUGUAAGUUAGCUAAAACGGUGAAAGGGACAUCCUCUUAUGCAACGGUUGUAUCUGCUAGCUUUUGGACCGGUGUGAUAAUAUGUUUGAGAGUUUUUACACCAUUGGUCAAAGUCCUCCGAAUGGUCGAUGCGGAUUGGAAGCCUUCAAUGGGUUUCAUAUAUGGUGAGCUUCAAAGGGUAAAAAAAGAAAUUAUCAAUGCUUUGAAUGAUAAUAAAAAUGCAUACGGGCCUAUUAUUGAUAUUAUCUCUAAAAAGUCAUCCAAAAGGCUUGAUACGUGCCUACAUUUGACGACCUACAUCUUAAACCCGUAUUAUUUUUAUAAUAAUCCGGAUGUCCGAGAUGAUCUAGAAGCCAAUGAUGCGGUAGUGGAUUUUAUUGGUGUUUUGUUUCCAUAA